AUGGAUGAGAAUUUGGCUGAAGUCUUGAAAGGGAUGUCGCUUGGUGAAGACAAAUCUAUUAUCAUACCGGAGGAUGAUGAUUUCUGUGCAAUAGAACGUGGUGGCCGCAGUAUACUGGGACGUCUGUUGAAUCCGGAGUGUCAGAACAUGGGUAGAAUGCUGAAGACGAUGCCCAAAAUCUGGAAGGUGUAUGAACGGGUUCGAGGUCUAGCACUCACGAAGGAAAGGUUCCAAUUUGUUUUUGACCUUGAGACCGAUAUUCAAAUGGUUCUAAAGCAAGGGUUUUGGACUUUUGAUGAAUGGGGUAUGGCUAUGGAGAGAUGGGUGGAAAUGCCAUCACCAAACUACCUGCAAACAGCAACAAUCUGGGUGAGGUUACAUAAUAUCCCAGUCAAUUACCUUAUGUUGAAGACUAUUGAUGCAGUGGCAGAUGGCAUAGGACAUGUGAAAUUGAUUGAGUUUGAUCGCUCGAAGCCGCAUCUGCUUGAGUACGUAAGGGUCCAAGUGGUGCUGGACAUCAAUCAACCUUUAAGGGAUAGGAAAUCGCUAACGUUACCUGGAGGCAGAAUUGAGUAUGUAGAUGUUGAGUAUGAAAGAGUGGGGAAGAAGUGCUUUCACUGCCUGAGACUUUCUCAUGAAAAACAAAAGUGCCCUUUGCUUCAGGGUUCCGGUAACAAAGGGAAAGGUGUGGUAUCUCGUCAGCAUGCAGUUGAGGUUCAUCCGGCUGGUGUGAGACAGCAUCAUAACGAUCAUGUUGAAAAGUUGAUGCCUUUAAUGGCACCAACUAUACCACCUGGUUUUGAGCCACCUCCGUCCAUAGUGGCCCCAGAAGUAUUUGAACAAAUGCGGCUCUACAUGGAAUGUGUGGAUCCAGAGGAAAGAAGAAUUAGAGAGGCUAAAAUGAGAAAGACGCUUCAGGAGCUGUCCACUGACCCAAUUGCGCAGAGAUCAUGCCUCAGAUUGGAAAGAGCACCAGUGAUUUCCGCUGACAUCAACAGAGACAGGGGAAGGGUUUUUGACUUUAGUAGAGUCGGUACUGAUGCAAUCCUUAAUGUAGCAGAAUCAUCAUCUUAUGGAUCACAGAGAAGAGUAGAUUUGCUGGAAGAUGGUGAAAUCAGAAGGACGAUGGGAACUGUUUCCACAAAGAGGGUAGGGGAGAAUACAAAUUUGGAGCAACGUCAGCGAGAGGACGCGCAAAACGAGCCUCGGUAUCCUAGAAAAGAAGUGAGACAUAAUGAUGCUCGACUGGGAGGGUCUCAGUUGGUUAAUGAGAGAGAUAGAGGUUUUGUAAUGGGAGCUGAAACCUCCAAUGGAUCAGAACGGAGCAGUCGUAGCAGAAACACAAGUAGUAGCCGUUCGUCUUGGACACGCCGUAACCAGAACAAACGUAGAGUCACUCAGGUUUCAGAACAAGGAAAAUCAGAUGCUAUGGCUCAGAGGAACAUGGAGGAAGGACCUGCUAAACGCAAGGCGCAAGAUGAGAGUGAAGUGUCGUCUAAGAUGGCGAAACAAGUGAAGGGUUUGGUGGUUUCCCCGAAACCAUCCCAUGCUCAAUGA